AACCGGGGAAGAGUUAAACCAAGCAUAUAAGGACACGUGUACAACACAAUCUUACCAAUCUCAAAACUCGUCUGAUCUACAAGGUCUCUUGGUGGUUCUUCCUCCACUGAAGAAAAAGCUUCGACAAAACCAGAGUAAGUGACACAGAAAGAGAGAGAGAGAGAGAGAGUUAUAGAAAAUGGCGGCGAAAAUAAUAUGUUCGUCUUUCACAGUGCAUUCAAUGGCGAGCAAGAAGCCUUCACCGUCUGUAACAAGAACCAUAUCCUCAAAGAAGAGUACAGCGACUCCGCAGGUGAAACUACUGACAAGAGUUGAGCAGCUUAAGCUUCUGACCAAAGCCGAGAAAGCUGGACUUUUGUCUUUAGCAGAGAAAUCAGGUUUCUCUCUAUCGACCAUCGAGCGUCUUGGUUUGCUAACCAAAGCUGAGGAAUUCGGCGUUUUGUCUGCCGCCACUAACCCUGAAACGCCUGGGACGCUAUUCACUUUGAGCCUCGGUUUGCUCCUUCUCGGACCCGUUUGUGCCUACUUGGUCCCUGAAGAUUACACAUGGGAAGUGGUGGUUCAGGUUCUUGUUGCCCUGCUCUCUGUUCUUGGUGGCUCUGCUGCUUUCGCUGCUUCGGGUUUUGUCUCUAAUUUGCAGAAAUCUGAUUAGCCUUGGUUCUUUGGUUGUGAUUAACCCGUCAGUUUUUUUUUUGGUACUUAAAUGAGGCUUUUUCUGCAAUUAAGAUGGAAAACUUUAUGAUGGGAUUCUCAUGUAUUUGAUCUUAAUAUUUUCAACUCAUUUCUGUAUUUGCUAUGUAAAUGGUUUCAUAUAUAGAACCAAAGAUAAACGUUUUGAAUUUCAACAACUUUAAGUA